CCCACAGUGACUGCCUGAAGAGUGAAGUGAAAGUAAUUUAUGUUUUGACUGUUUGCCGAGCAGUGUCAAGUAACAACGUAGAUGUGAUCGAGUCAUUAGUGAGACUGUGAGAGCACAUCAUCACCAUGGCUUUCAAGAAUCCUUUCGCCCCAAACUCCUCAAUGGGGCUGGUGUUCAACACGGUGAUGAGCAGCAUCCCUAUGACUGACUCCUACAUGUGGACCGUGCGCAAGGAGAAGUCCCAGAAGUACGCCUCUAUGGUCGUCAUUGCCCAUGCUGAUUAUAUGAAGGUCUACAAUGAUAAGAAGAGCAAGGUGUUUGAGUGUGUCGUCCAGGCCCCUGGAGAAGGAACCGAUGCUUUCAGUUUGUUCCGUUUGACAAAUGAAGACGAUGCCCUGGCAAGGUUUAUCCUUCUCCAUCAACACAUCCAGCCAUUCUUCAAUGGCCCGGAAGGACUGUACAAUGUGACAGUAUUACAGAAGCUUAGCGACAUCACCAGGAGGGCUGACAUCUUCUCCCAUGCUCAUACAGCUGUGCUGGCAGGUUUAAAUGAUUCCUUUAGAUGCCCGGAAGUCAUCAAACACAUAAACAGCCAGAAGUGUCCCGAGGGAAAGACACCACUGCUACUAGCCAUAGAAUGUAAGUCCAUGCAAGCUGUUAUCCAACUCAUCGAUUGCAGGGCAUCGGAAGAAAUGACGGACGAGAAUGGGGAUGGCAUCUUUCACUAUGCUGCAAGGUCUCUAGGAUUCGGUAGUCAAGUUAUGACUGUAUUAUCCAAAGACAAGGAGCUGAUGGACCGAACCAACAAGGCCUCUCAGUCAGCUCUCUUGGUAGCCUGCCAGGAAGGUAACUUUGAUGCAGCCAUCAAGCUGGUCAAAGCAGGAGCCACAGUAGAUAUGAAUGAUAACAUCGGCUACCCCAUCCACUACGCUCUCAAAAAGUGCAAUGUUAACGCUGCGUUGACCAUUCUUGAAAACCAUGGAAGCCAGGGUAAGGUGAAGUGCAUCAAGCACGGAGGAACCCCUCUCCACUGGGCCAAGAGCGCCGAAUUCAUCAAGCUGGUCCUCGAGCGGGAGUACGACAUCGAUGCCAUGAGCAAGAGCGGUGAUACUGCCCUCAGCAUCAUGAUCCAGCGGGGUCGACCACUCUGCGCCCUUACCCUCAUGACGUCGGGAGCGGACCCUAAUAUAGCAGACAGGGACGGGAAUACACCACUUCAUCAUGCAGUCAAGACCAAAGAUUUACAGACGGUUCACCUCCUGAUUGGGUUCGGAGCAGAGGCCAACAAGGUCAACAACAAAGGGGAAUCACCUAGACAUCUAGCAGCCACUGACAUCCUCAGCACCAUUGGAGGGAUGAUGGGAGUUAAGAAGAGGAUGGAGCAAGGGUUUCUAGUUAUUGCCCCCUGGACUCAGAACCCAGACCAGCUCGUCGACCGUUAUUCAGGUAUGAAUUGUGAGCUGAUCUACGCCCUGCAUGCUGUAGGGGCAGAGCGUUGCCCCCCUGGGACCAAGGGAUGUCAGGGAGGGUGCAAACAUGGGGGCACGAACAACGGCAUGGCCCCUAAGAUUGGCAUGGAUCAGGUCGAUGCAGGAGCACAAGUUUACAACAAAUACCUGACGCAGUGCAUCGGAGACCUGUGCAUAUCAGCCCCAACUGGCAGACAAGGAAAGGACGAGACAGACGACCACAUGGACACGACUGACGGUGCCUCCGAUCCUUCGCAGCGACGGUCUCAGGACACUGUCCUGUGUUUGGAUGGUGGAGGUAUCAAGGGCUUGAUCUUGACUCAGAUGCUGGCUGCCAUAGAGAAGGCUUCAGGGAAGAAGAUUGUGGAGAUGUUUGAUUGGAUAGUAGGGACCAGCACAGGAGGCAUCUUGGCCUUGGCUCUAUCACAAGGGUUCUCUGUAGAGGAAUGCAGGAAGCUGUACAUGGCCCUCAAGGAUGAGGUCUUCACAGGCUCAAGACCCUACAACUCAGACAAGCUAGAAUCUUUCCUUAAGGAUACCUUUGGAGCUGAAACCACCAUGGAUAAAUACACAUACCCAAGAAUCCUUGUUUCUGGGACGUUAGGAGACAGAAGUCCUCCUGCUCUCCAUCUGUUCCGUAACUACAACGCCCCCGAGACGUCAUCAGCUUGGAUAGCGGCCAAUCAGGAACCUUUCCUGCCAGUUCUAAAACCAUCAGAGCAACUCAUGUGGAGGGCUGCCCGUUCAAGUGGAGCUGCACCCACGUACUUCAGACCGAUGGGGCGAUUCCUGGACGGGGGUCUCAUAGCGAACAAUCCGACCUUAGACGCACUGACGGAGAUCCAGGAGUAUUACAUGUAUAAGAAAUUACAGGGUGAACCAGUGCGUAAGAUAGGUGCUGUUGUGUCCCUCGGGACUGGGCUUACAGCCCUCAAGCCCAUAGCCCACGUAGAGAUCAUGAGACCUAACAGCGCUGUUGAUCUGCUCAGUGCUGCCAAGUCACUUGCAGCAGGUGCCAAUUUGAUAGACAUCAUGGUUGAGCAGGUCACUGAAUCAAGAAUGCGUGCCGUUGACCGAGCGAGGGCUUGGUGUUUCUCGAUCGGCACGCCGUUCUUCCGCUUCAGCCCUCCGUUGAGCCAGGAGAUCUCCAUGGAUGAGACGAGGGAUCAUGUGCUCUCAAAGAUGCUCUUUGAUACGCAGUGUUAUAUCCAGAAGAACAAAGAGGAUAUCCAGCAAAUGACCGAUCUGAUCAUCUCCUUGUAACGCCUACUGUACCAUGAGGUUUCCGAAUUUUAUACUUUUAUAUCGAUAACUUUGGCAUUAUCUUGAAACCCUUUCAUGUGCAUUUGCCAGCAUAAACAUUGAGAGGGAGAAAAGAUGGAUGGAUUGCAUCGGUGAAGAUGGAAAGAUGCAUGCAUGGUAUAAAAUCAGGAGUUAGCUUCAUGUGGAGUAAGAUGAAGAAGAGUAUUGAGAGAACCUACAUAUAAAUUAUGAUGAUGAUGAGGAAUAGGAGGAUGAUGAUGAUGAUGAUGAUGAUUGAUGAUGAUGAUGAUGAUGAUGAUGAUGAUGAUGAUGAUG